AAACAAAUUGUCAGUGUCUAAUAAGAUGAGGCUUUCUUCUUCUUCCCUAUCACUCUGAAUCAACAAUCUCUCUCUCUUGAUCGAAGAACCCUAAUUUCACUCCUACCAUUCUUCUUCCGCCAAAGGGCUUAAUGUUGAUAAUUUCAAAUGAAUGGGAGUAGAUCCUCUUGAACUAUUCCAUUGACUUGAAAGUGUCUGACAUUUACAUUGUCUAAGGUAAGGCUGGAUAAGUAAUGGGGACUGUACUGAGCUUGAACAGAGGUAGAACUGGCGUGCACCACGAAGUGUUAGUUGGUGAAGUCUGUAAGAGGCAGAAAAUAACUUCGAAUUCUUUUGAGGCAAGUGAACGUCUCAUUCCCAGCCUUCCUGAUGAGAUAUCCAUCCAGAUUCUGGCAAGAGUCCCUAAAGUUCACUAUUUGGGAAUGAAGUUAAUAUCCCAGAACUGGAAAUCCACUAUAACUAGUCCUGAGCUGUACAAGUGUAGAAAAGAGCUCGGCAUCACAGAAGAAUGGCUAUACAUUUUAACCAAAACCUCAGAUGACAAAUUCAGGUGGUACGCUUUAGAUCCUAUAUCAAGAAUAUGGCAAAAACUGCCACCUAUGCCCAUUUCAACGCGAGAUGAAGAGUCUAGAAAGGGUCUAGGAAUCGGAGACACCAUAAGGGCUUGGCUGGGUAGAAAGGAUCUAUCCACAUCAGCUCUAUGUGGUUCUGCUGUAGGGGCAGUUGAUGGUUGCCUAUACGUUUUAGGUGGAUUUACUAAAACCUCGUCUGUUAAUUCCGUAUGGCAAUUUGACCCAAUUAUGAAUAGAUGGAGUGAAAUAAAUCCUAUGAUGACUAAUAGAGCCUAUUGUAAAACCGGGGUAUUGAACAACAAGCUUUAUGUUGUCGGAGGUGUAUCUAGAUGUCGCGGAGGGCUGUUUCCUCUCCAGUCAGCGGAAGUUUUCGAUCCAAAUACUGGCAUGUGGUCCAAUUUACCAAACAUGCCCUUUUCGAAAGCUCAGAUGCCGACUUUCUUAUUGGCGGAUAUGCUCAAGCCUAUUGCUACAGGUAUGACAUCAUAUAAAGGGAAGUUGUAUGUGCCCCAGAGUUUAUACUGUUGGCCAUUUUCCGUGGAUGUUGGAGGUGAAGUAUACGAUCCCGAAUCUAAUUCGUGGGUCGAAAUGCCAGCUGGCAUGGGCGAGGGUUGGCCAGCAAGACAGGCAAGUAAUAAGCUGAGUGUUAAUCUCGAUGGGAUCAUGUACGCAUUGGAUCUUUCGAGUUCUUCACUGGAGAGUAGAAGUGUUAGGAUAAAAAUGUAUGAUCAAGAGAGCGAUGCGUGGAAAGUGGUAGGAGAUGAUGUACCUGUUUCCGAUUACGAUGUAUCUGAAGGUGAUUCGCCUUAUUUACUAGCUGGCUUUAUUGGGAGAUUGCAUUUAAUUGUUAAAGAUGCAAACCAUGGUGUUACGGUUAUGCAGACUAAUCCGAAAGGGUACGAGAAUCAGAAUAGUGAUGAUGUUUGGAAGGUUAUUGCGUCUAGGGUAGACGAUUCGGAGGAGCUGGUGAGCUGUCAAAUGCUUGAUAUUUAGAACUCUUCUGGUAUGUAUGUCUAUCUAUCUAUUAUAACUUCCAUAUCUCGAGUUUAUUAUACAACAAAUAUCAUGAUCUUGUAUAUAUAUGUUUGAAUAAUAUAUUGAAAAAAAAAGACCUAGAUAUUGUACUAUGUAAGACAACCGGUGGUAUGUAUUUUGUUGUCUUAAAUAUAUGUAAGAAGAAAGUUCAACAUUUUGUUUGUAUUAUUACUGGCUUUUGAGUUCAUAUAUUACAAGUGCUAGUUUGAUGA